UGUGUGCGAAAUAACGGGUCUUACAAAGAUGCUUCAAUGAAGUAUUAUUAAGCCACCAACUUACUGAUACAAAUAAAUAAUGAGAUCUCCUGAGCAUUGGGAAUAAAGUAAUUUUUGGGGAGUUGUCGACGUAAUACUGAAAUGACGAAAUCAGUAAAACACACAAGACGGCUAGAAAGUAGCAUAGAGAAGACCAAGAGUCUGCAGAAGAAAGUUUCAGAUAGAGGAAUUCAGUCGUCCACUCUUAAUCCCAUUUUGGAGAGACAACAACAAGAGGUUAAGAAACUUGAACGUUAUCAAAGCAGCAUAGGUCGCUCGAAAGAGAGGAGAAAGAGAAGGCAGAGACAUGAAAAAGUGUUGAAAAGGCUUAACCUUGUUGUUGAAAACUUGUUGAAAAGGCAGGAAGAGAAAAUAGAGCAUAAGAUACGACCCUGGAAAAAGUCCAUAAAAACCAGCUUCCUUGACGUUGUUUCAGAUCUUCGAGAGUCUUUGUUGGAAAUAGAAAACGGACAAGAUGAUGCAUCCUCGAUGGUCAGGUUGCCUCACGAAGUUUCUAACAAACUGACAGAAAGGAAGAAGCGGAGCUUGAUUUUCCGAGAGAGUGAGCAGCUAAAGGAGGUAGUUGGACACCCGCUGUUCCAGAAGAACCCAUUUCAAGCCCUUUCCGAGCACUUGUCAAGUGUACUUCGUACUUCAGCAACGUUUAGAUAAUACUUACAGGUUUGUCUUUUUAUAAUUACACUUUAGAGAAGAAAGAUAGUUAUUUAAGAUGAGUCCUACUGCUAUCACUUCACGCACCAUCUGUGGGAAACGUGGAGCGAAGUAAUUGUUAUCAAAGUUGAUGAAGAUAUGUAGCUUUACUCCCCAAGUCAAAUGUUGAAAGUAAACGAUUAUCUUCGCUUUGAAUAGUUCAAUCAACUUUAAAGUAAAAUAUUUUAAUCAUAC